GGAUUUUUUUUUCAUUUCUGGUUUGUCACAAAUGCUAUCCCAGCGUACCUUCCCUUUGUGCGCCAUUUUACAGUUCUCAAAGGAAAGCAGAAUACAGUACAGAUCUAGUGUGGUUAUUUAUUUUAAGAAUGGACGUAGACCAACAAAGUCAAAAAAAGGAGGACCACAAGGAGAGUGAACACAUUAAUCUUAAAGUAACAGGGCAAGAUGGUAGUGUGGUACACUUCAAAAUUAAAAAGAACACACCAUUGAGGAAGCUAAUGGGAGCAUACUGUAACAGAGCGGGAAUUCAAACAGGUGUUGUAAGAUUUAGAUUUGAUGGAAAUCCUAUAAAUGAUGAAGACACACCAGCUAUGCUUGAAAUGGAGGAUGGUGAUUCAAUUGAUGUGUUUCAGCAACAGACAGGAGGUUGCAAAUCAUUGCUAUGUUGAAAGAAUGUCAGCAGAAUGGGAAUGUUAAGAAAGUAUUUGAAAAGAGAGAAAGAACUAUGUUAUGGGUGUAAAGUGUUGUACAGUGUAAAGCUUAAUCACAGUCCAGUGUUUUUGUUUCUCCAUGUGUUGGUAAAGGUUGCACUUCUGAAAUUUCAACAGUUUGGACAGUUAAAAUACAUUAUUUCCAUUGCAAUCUUACUGAAUUAAAACUAAAUUAACAGUUUACCAGCCUUUGAAAAGAAUACUUUUGCAUUUAAAAAAAAGUUCCUUUUAUACUAAAAUAUGUCAUUUUAUCUGUACUAUUUUAUUUUCAUUUUGUAAACUUCAUUGAUGUGAAUAUUUCAUAUUUUUUUUUUAUGCAUCCAGUAUGACCCAGUUCUAUCCUAUAGUUUAAUUUCAUAAAAUAAAUAAGUAGACUUGCAAUUAGUAUAAAAUCCUUCAGAAAAGAGAAACAAAUUUGGUUUUCUUUUCUGUUAAGUUGUUAAUAAUCAUCAAAACAACAAUUUUAGAACUUGAAAUUUGAUUUUAUUGACAUACAAAUAAUAGAUACAUUAUUGAUCAUUCAUUCAUUAACCAUGUACAUAAGAAAGACUGACACCUACUGGGCCAUAAAAGAUAAGGCACUCACAUAAUGAGUCAUUGAUUCAUGAUGUCAUAGCCAUAGUAUAUCAUUAUUGGUAGUUUCUUGAUAAUAAAUGUUUGAAUAUUUUUCA